ACCACUGCCGGCUCUGCGCCGAGGUGCCGGGGCGCGAUGGUCUCAGACGAAGAGGAAUUGCAUCUUCUGGUUAUCAUAGUUGAUACCAACCCGAUUUGGUGGGGAAAGCAGGCCUUAAAGGAAUCUCAGUUUACUUUAUCCAAAUGCAUGGAUGCCGUGAUGGUGCUGGGAAACUCUCACUUAUUUAUGAAUCGUUCCAACAAGCUUGCUGUGAUAGCAAGUCACAUUCAGGAAAGUCGACUCUUAUAUCCUGGGAAGAACGGCAGACUGGGAGACUUCCUCGGAGACCCUGGCAACCCCCUUUCUGACUGUAACCCCUCGGGGAGUAAAGAUGGAAAAUACGAGCUGUUGACAGCAGCAAAUGAAGUGAUCGCUGAAGAGAUCAAAGAUCUGAUGACCAAGUGUGACAUAAAAGGUCAACAGACAGAAACUCUACUGGCAGGAUCCCUCGCCAAAGCCCUUUGCUACAUUCAUAGAAUGAACAAGGAAGUUAAAGAUAACCAGGAGAUGAAGUCGAGGAUAUUGGUGAUCAAGGCUGCAGAAGACAGCGCCUUGCAGUACAUGCAUUUCAUGAAUGCCAUCUUCGCAGCACAGAAGCAGAAUGUUUUGAUUGAUGCCUGCGUUUUAGACUCUGACUCUGGACUCCUCCAGCAGGCCUGUGACAUCACUGGAGGAUUGUACCUGAAGGUACCUCAGAUGCCCUCACUUCUGCAGUACUUACUGUGGGUUUUUCUCCCUGAUCAAGAUCAGAGGUCACAGUUAAUCCUCCCACCCCCGAUUCACGUGGACUACAGGGCCGCUUGCUUCUGUCAUCGGAACCUCAUUGAAAUCGGCUAUGUCUGCUCUGUCUGUUUGUCAAUCUUCUGCAGUUUCAGUCCCAUCUGCACUACCUGCGAGACAGCUUUUAAGAUUUCUCUUCCUCCUGUACUGAAGGCCAAGAAAAAGAAAAUGAAAGUGUCCAUGUGAUUAAAAAAUAUAUGUGAGGACUGGGGGUAUGGCCCAAGUGAUAAGAGUGCCUGCCCAGCAAGCACAAAGCCUUGAGUUCAAACCCCAGUACCAUCAAAAAAAACCCCUUUUUCUUCCUUGUCUUUAAAAGCUACUAAUAGACAUUGUAUGGCAGAAUCUCCAUUGGGAAUGCUCUGAGAAAAUACAGAUAUGUUCAGGAUAGUUUUUAGUUUCUUACAAGAAAUACUUUAAGCCUUUACUCUCACCCUGUGCUGUAGAGACUGAUUUGCUCAAGGUUCCAGCCCAUACACUCGCUCCUGAAUCUUCUCUCACUGGGUUUUGUCCAGAAAGGAGAAAAAAGCACAAAUGUGUGACUUUUGCUUUGUUUUGUUUUAAGAUAGCAAUUAGCUAGCUAUACAGCAAAAACCAAAUGAUAACUUUUGUUUUUGGCAAUGCUGAGGAUUGAACCCAGGGCCUUGCACGUGCUCUGCAAGUGCAAUAGCACUUGAGCUCCACCCUCAGUCCUUGCUUUGUUUUUUAAAAGCCUAUUUGUAUACAACACUUUGAAGAUUUAGCUGUGCUCUUCAGACCAUCUCAGAAGCUGAGUCUCACUAAAUAAUUAGGUGUGGGUUAGAUAACUUCCAGCAGGUUUGUAGUCUGCAUUUGCAUUUUGUCAACAAACAAAGAUUUUGGUGAUCACUUGCAAGUAUUUCUUAAUCUUUGAGUUUGAGAACCACUUUGUCUUUUAAAAAUAUUUAAUAUUUCACGUAAUAAGUGUAAUGGCAGUAACUAUUUUAAGUUUAGGAAAUAAAGUAUCCUAGAAGUAAAAGAUGAAUAAUUUCAAACAAGGCAGAGGCUUUGGUGUCACUUUUUCAUUUAAAAUGUUUUCUAUACUUGCUUAGU